UGAAACCGAGAGCGCAGAAAAAACAGGAGCAAAGAGGCUUUCAAUCGAAAAGUAGGGCACCAAAAACCCCCGUGUGACAUAACUACAAGUUUAUAGAUUCCCAAAGGUCCAAGCUGAUAGAAAAGAGGAGCAACCCCCAGAGCUGCUAGAGAUCGAGUUGAAACGUUUCCUCAGUAAGACGUUUGACUAAGGAGUCAUGGAGCGGGGAGAGAGAAGAGCUCUGCAGAUAAGGCAAGUGCUGCUUUUCUUUGUUUUCCUGGAAGGGUCUUUGGUGUGUUCUGAGACUUGGAGAUAUUCUGUGACCGAGGAAAUGGAGAUUGGCACCUUUAUAGCCAACGUGGUUAAAGAUAUGAGUUCAAAUAUAGAAAACCUGGCUGCACGGGGGGCCAGAGUUAUCUUUGAUGACUAUAAACCGUAUUUGCGGUUGGAUUCUGAAACUGGCCACUUGUUCUUAAAUGAGCGACUGGACCGGGAGGCACUCUGCGAUCUCACCGAGCCAUGCAUAUUGCAUUUCCAGGUGUUAUUUGAAAAUCCUUUGCAAUUUUUUCGGGCUGAGCUUUUGGUCAAAGACAUAAAUGAUCAUGCUCCCACGUUCCUAGACAAACAUAUACUUCUAAAAAUCUCAGAAGGUGCUACUCCAGGAACUUCAUUCCAAAUGGAUAGUGCUCAGGACUUGGAUGUGGGAAAGAAUGGUGUCCAAAACUACACAAUAACCCCCAAUCCCCACUUCCACCUUAAAUUACAAGACAGUGAUGAGGGCAGAAAAUACCCAGAGCUGGUACUGGACCAAUCUCUGGAUCGAGAGAAGGAGCCUGAGCUGUGUUUAACUCUGUCAGCAUCUGACGGCGGGUCUCCGCCCAGGUCCGGGACUACACUGAUUUGCGUCAUGGUCCUGGAUAUCAAUGAUAACGCACCCAAGUUUGAGAAGCUGGUCUACGAAGUCCAGAUACCAGAGAACAGCCCUGUGGACUCCAUGGUCAUCAGAGUGUCCGCCACAGAUUUAGACGCAGGAAUAAAUGGAGAACUAUCUUAUUCAUUUUCCCAUGUAUCCAGAGACAUACGGAAAACAUUUGAAAUCCAUCCAACUUCCGGCGAAGUCCAUUUAAAAGCACUUCUAGAUUUUGAGCUAAUUCCGUCUUACACCAUAAAUAUUCAGGCCAUUGACGGUGGGAGCCUUUCUGGAAAAUCAACCAUUUUAGUGCGGGUCCUAGAUGUGAAUGACAACCCACCAGAAAUAGCCAUGACAUCUCUUACCAGUCCCAUACCUGAAAACUCGUCGCCUGAGGUGGUGGUCGCUGUUUUCAGUGUACGAGACCAAGACUCUGGAGAAAAUGGGAGAAUGGUUUGCUCAAUUCAGGACAACCUCCCCUUUCUGUUAAAGCCUACCUUUAAGAAUUUCUACACAUUAGUAACAGAGCGUCCACUGGAUAGAGAAAUGAGAAGCGAAUACAAUAUCACCAUCACUGUCACUGAUUUGGGGACACCUAAGCUGAAAACUGAGCAAAACAUAACAGUGCUGGUCUCCGAUGUUAAUGACAACACACCCACUUUCACCCAAAACUCCUACACCCUGUUCGUCCACGAAAACAACAGCCCCGCCCUGCACAUAGGCACCAUCAGCACCACAGACAGAGACUCAGGCACCAACGCCCAGGUCACUUACUCCCUGCUGCCACCUCAGGACCCGCACCUGCCCCUCGCCUCCCUGGUCUCCAUCAACUCAGACAACGGACACCUGUACGCCCUGAGGGCGCUGGACUUCGAGGCCUUGCAGGCGUUCGAGUUCCGCGUGGGCGCCACAGACCAAGGCUCCCCCGCGCUGAGCAGCGAGGCGCUGGUGCGCGUGGUGGUGGUGGACGCCAACGACAACUCGCCCUUCGUGCUGUACCCGCUGCAGAACGGCUCUGCGCCCUGCACCGAGCUGGUGCCCAGGGCGGCCGAGGCCGGCUACUUGGUGACCAAGGUGGUGGCGGUGGACGGCGACUCGGGCCAGAACGCCUGGCUGUCGUACCAGCUGCUCAAGGCCACGGAGCCCGGGCUGUUCAGCGUGUGGGCGCACAAUGGCGAGGUGCGCACCGCCAGGCUGCUGAGCGAGCGCGACGCGGCCAAGCACAGGCUGCUGGUGCUGGUGAAGGACAAUGGCGAGCCUCCGCUGUCCGCCAGCGUCACGCUGCACGUGCUACUGGUGGACGGCUUCUCCCAGCCCUACCUGCCGCUCCCGGAGGCGGCGGCGGAGCAGGCCCAGGCCGACUCGCUCACCGUCUACCUGGUCAUCGCCUUGGCCUCGGUGUCCUCGCUCUUCCUGUUCUCGGUGCUGCUGUUCGUGGCGGUGAGGCUGUGCAGGAGGGACAGGGCGGCGUCUGCGGGUCUCUGCUCAGUGCCUGGGGGUCACUUUCCGGGCCACCUGGUGGACAUUAGCGGCAGUGAGACUCUGUCUCAGAGUUAUCAAUAUGAAGUCUGUCUGACUGGAGGCUCUGGGGCCAGCGAGUUCAAGUUCUUGAAGCCAGUUACCCUCAACCUCCCGCCCCAGGGUAAUGAGGUGGAGAAAGCCCCACCUUUGUGAAUGGCUUUGAGUUCAAUUAAAAAUCUAAUUGUAAUGUAGAACAUUAGAUUAAGUCUAAAUUUCUUAUAAAUUGUAUUCAUUGUCAUGUAUAGUUCUUCAUUUUGGCUAGCUUCAUUUAACUCAAGAGUUGUCAGAAAGUUCAGAAAUUUAAGUCUACUUUCUUCUGUUUCUUUAUAUUAACUGUGAAAAAUAUUAAGGGCGCAGGUAUUUGCUUAGCCUGUGUUCCACAAUGCAACCUCAAAAGAUGUAUUCACAAAUACAUCAUUUUCAUGAAUACAUCAUUUUCUCUUCAAAUUUAAUUGCACACUGGGUUCCUUCAUGCUUUCUUUUUUGGGGGUGGGAGGACAAAGUUUCACUUUGCCACCUUCCAUAGAGUGCCAUAGUGUCACAGCUCACAGAAACCUCCAACUCUUGGGCUUAAGACAUUUUCUUGCCUUGGCCUCCCAAGCAACUGGGACUAUAGGCGCCCACCACAAUGCCCAGCUAUUUUUAGAGAGGAAGUCUCGUUCUGGCUCAGGCUGGUCUCAAACCUGUGAGCUAAGGCAAUACCCCCUCCCCCUCCCCUUCCCAGAAUGCUAGGAUUACAGGCCUGAGCCACAGCGCCCUGCCCCUUCAUAUUUUCUUGAUGUUUUGACUGUGGGUCCUCUCACCGAAACAGAUUUUAUAUGGUUGAUAAUAUUAGUAUGGAAGAAAAUGCAUGAUGUGAAUAAAAACUUAAUUACUUAUCUGUUAGAAUGGUUUUUAAAAUGUUAUCUAAUUUAGUGUUUUUAUUUUAAAAGUAUAAUCUUUCCAUUCUACUUUUCUGCCAAUUAUUGCAGAGGAUUUUUCUGCCCUAAGGCAUUUUUAUAAAUAUUUGUGAACUGUAUGUAUUGCUGGUAGAUGUUUUUAUUAAAAUAAAUUCAAAGUCUUUGCAUUUGAGAUACACACAUUCAUCCAUCCCCUGUUCUUUUCUUGUCUGAGGACUUCCUUGUACUAAGAGAGCUGAUCAUUAGUGAGAUAUUUAUUCCACUUUCUUUGCCUUUGUU